AUGUGGAAGCAUUGUGUCGGUGAAGACAAUCCCGCAGAUUUGAUAACCAGAGGGAUCUCGGCACAUCGUUUGGUGGAGGAGGAUCUUUGGUGGCACGGUCCAAAAUGGCUGAAGGAUGAUCCUUCUGAGUGGCCAAAUGCCAAUGGUUUCAACGACACUGACGUCGAGUUGCGAAAAUCUUCCGCAGGGAAACAAAACGAACUCGUUCUCCAAGUCUAUUCGCAAUUCGUCGAAGCUAUUAUAGAUGUCCAGAGGUUUAGUUCGUUGGACCGGCUUAUGAGAGUGACCGCAUACGCCCUCCGUUUUACGUCAAACUGCAGGAACCUAAAUCAGAAGUUAGAGGGACCUCUUUCUACGAACGAGCUGCAUGAAGCGAAGUUUUAUUGGGUCCGCGUUGUACAGCAUGAAGUCUACGACCUCAAGAAAGGAAAAAACAAUUCACAAUCGUUUCUCUUGAAAGAUCUGCCAUUUUUUGAAGACGAACUACGAGUCAUUCGGUUAAAGGGACGGUUGCAACACCUAGAAGAUAGCGACCGAGUGAAGUACCCCAUUAUAUUACCUGCCGAGCAUCAUUUCACUACCUUGCUUGUACAGUGGGCUCAUGAGCGAGUGUUUCACGGAGGAGUGGAAUCCACCUUGGCGGAACUACGAGAACAGUUUUGGGUGCAACGGGCCCGCCAGACGAUCAAGAGAGUUCCCAAGAAGUGCACCUUAUGUGCACGAUUUAGAGCUCGGAGAGUAGCCGUACCAACGGCUCCGCUACCUGGCUUCCGCGUAGCAGCAAGUGAACCAUUCCGCACUGUUGGGGUUGACUUUGCGGGCCCCCUGUAUGGAAGAAAGAGCACAAACAAGUACUAUAUCGUCCUCUUUACCUGCGCAGUGACGAGGGCUGUACACCUUGAGCUCACACCAUCUAUUACAGCUGAAGCAUUUCUCAUGAGCUUAAGGAUGUUCGUGGCAAGAAGAUGUGUACCGACGACUAUCUAUUCGGAUAACACCCGCAGCUUCAAGCGAGCGGACAAGGAGCUGCGGGCACCCUGGAACACGACAAAGGAUCUUCAGGUGAAUGACUACCUGACACAUCAAAACAUCACCUGGAGAUACAUCUUGCCCGGAGCCCCCUGGUGGGGGGGCUGGUGGGAAAGACUCGUCCGGACAGUGAAGACUGCUCUUCGUAAAGUUCUGGGGAAAACGUCACUCGGCUUUGAAGAACUCAGAACAGUAAUGACCGAAGUUGAGGCGGUUGUCAACUCCAGGCCACUCACGUAUGCUAGCUGCAGUCCGGACGACUCAAACGUAUUAUGUCCAUCUCACUUUCUCGUGGGCAAGAGAGUUAUCGCCCUGCCGACGCAGCCAGCAACACAGUACGACGACCAAAACCAAUCAACGAAAGAUCAACUGACGCGUAAAAUGCUCUACAGAGAAAAGUUGAUGCAGCACUUUUGGAGACGCUGGAGACGCCAGUAUCUCUUGCAGCUCCGGUCAUCACAUCAUUUUGAUUCUACGUCCUCCAAGAGGCUACUACCGGGCGACGUAGUUGUGAUUGAAAGCAACAGGCCGAGGAACCUAUGGGACAUCGGCAGAAUCAUGGAAACCUACGAAGGUCAGGAUGGUCACGUAAGAUCGUGCCUCCUUAAACGCCAAGAUGGCAAGACAACGAAAACGCCCGCACAGCAUCUCUACCAUCUUGAAGUAUGA